AUGCCCUCUAAUGAUGGUGGUUUCCGAGGCGUAGGAUUUACCGAUCGCGAGUCCUUCUACAUAGCUUCCGCCUACGCACUUCUCAUAACUGCAAUUUUUGGAUCCCUCUGGCAAUUUGCUACCUACUUUGCCCUUGUGUUUUAUCCAACAGAAGACGGGAGGACCAUGAGUCAAGUGCUAUCGAGAAAUAAGGGCCCGAUAAUAGCCAAGAAGAACAAAGAUUUUGACGACUACUACCACACAAACUCUGCCGCCGAGGAAAAGCGCGACUCGUCGGUCUUGGGCCAAGAUCACGGAAUUGAGGAUAUCAAGGCGGAAUUACUCAAUGUCCGCCGACGAAAGGCUAACAGGUAUAUCGCCUUGGUAGCGAUCUGGAACUCCAGCGAUCCAUAUACCGCCAUGGUGUUACUCAUAAAACAUGCUACGGUUGUUUUCAAAUUCGAUAGACGGGCGGGGUUGUUCGACGUUGCCAUGAUAGUAGUUGCAUUUUCAUUGGUAUUUGGCGGAAUCUUUGCCGGUGUCGUCGUCCCAGCCAAUCUUGAACUGGGUAAUGUGGCCCCAGCGAAUCCCCAAAGCGUGUUUUUUGCAAUACCUGAUCUCAACAAUACCGAGCAACAAUCGGUGGCUGAACGGGUCAGGGCGCCGUCAGCUCAAAGGGCCGUGGGAGUUGUUGAGUAUGCGAAAAACCAACUACGUGAGAGGGUGACAUUCUAUAUCUCUGAGGACAAAGUUGCCUCAUAUCAAUUCAACGUAACCGGCGUGGACUUUGGGUUACAACUCAAAGAUGCUCGCAACUUCAUGCUGAAAACCGAAGGAGGCUGCAGUUUUGAUUAUGAGGUAUACAAGGGGCUGGACACUGAUUAUUAUUUUGAUCUCUAUAAUAUAUAUGGUUCAAAUUAUUCUUUAAACGUACUUUCGGACGCAAACGUUGGCGGAAAAAUGAUUAUGCCUAGAUUGGCCGUUGAGUCCGAUAUGGCUGAAAUAUACAACAACCCAAACGGAGCAAAGUUAAAAUAUUAUAUUCUCCCAGACACUGUCGGCCGGUAUAGCCACACCGCAUCAUCCGAUCCAUGGUACUUUACGGAACCGUCACCGCAAAUUGAUGUCGAGUAUGGCUUUCCACCAUUCACUAUAUCCACGGGGCGGCCGCCUCUCUCUUGCUGGCAGCAGGAUACUUGGUCUUACAAAGGAAAAGAGGUCAAUCUUCUUGACCUGGAUCAACUUGGCCUAGAUGUUCCAAAAAUAAUUACAGACGAGCUCUUCCGGCACCGUUUCAUCAGACCUAUGAUAUUUGAUAUCGGUUCUUCACUUGGAUCCUCGAUUCUAGUGAUGUCAGCAAGUAGCUCGUACGGGUUACUUGACGCAAAAGCAGGUUCAUACGCUGCAGACCUCGAACGCUUAGUCCUAACUUCAUAUAUUGCGACGCAAGACGUUUUACGAGACACCGUCAUGACACAAUUUUCUCCCGAUAUCGGAAUUUUUAAUUCUGCUCACGACCCUACCACCGGCAAACCGAAAGAAGGUGUUGAUAAAUUUGUGGUCGUUAGCACCAAAGUCAAAGCACUCUCGCUCAGAGUUUUGAUCAGUGUACCGGUCAUCUACGUUUCCCUCUAUAUACUCCUACUUGUAACGAGAUGCACCAGAUUCACCAACAGUAAUAGCGGCAAAAUCUCUCGGUUCACUUUGCGGGCAACAGGUCUCCAGGCUAUGCAAUUGUACAGAAUGUUGGAUGAAGAGAAGUGUGGGGAUCGGGACGAUUGGUAUGGAAGGUUAGAUCACAUGCCGUACAUCCUAGACGCAAAAGUGGUACAGGGAAAACCAGAGAAGCCGGCAGCAAGAGCGAGGCACUCAGGAAUAAGUAUGUCUCAAGACGAGAAAGAUUCCGAGAUCUUUGAGGUUGGCUGGGGCGGGAAGACUGGCACGGUUGUCCCGGAGUCUCGUCAUCCGUAUCUAUUCAUUGCCCCCAAGGUGAUACAAACUGGUACUGGCGAGUCAAGAAGGAAUCAUCUCAGCUUCGUAGGGCCAGUAAAAUACCAGCUUAAGACGGACGAACGUGAAUUCUCAUACAGUGGCACGGGUAACAAAGCGAUUGCUAGUGGACCAGCAGAAAAAUCCGAUGAUGGGCCGGCCGAGGUAUCAUCGGAUUCUAAACAGGCAACGGUCGAGACGAAGGAAACCUCGCCCAAUUUAAACUAA